AUGGAGGCUGCUGGGAAAACUCUGAGGAACAACAGUCACUUCUUCAGGCGUGUGUACCGGCACAGUGAAGCCCUUGAUACGGAGUUUACUGGCUUACAUUCAACUUUCCCACAAAAUAAUGAACCCAGCCUGUUUGAUUCCCCUGAGGAGCGGUACCUGAAGGCCAGGCAGAGCGUUCAGCGCUUCACUAUUACUCAGCUUGUUCAGUGCAGGUUUCUCUCUCUUGCAGGGCUGGCAAUAUUCUCAAAUGAAAAUUCAAACAAGUAUGUGGUGCAUUCAUACAACUUCUUUCUCUUUAUUCCCUCAACAUUGGGAGUUACGGAUGUCGAAUUCACCCUCUCUGCAUCUAGCAUUCAGUUCCUGUCUCAUUAUGGCUUUGACUAUAAUAAGUUCCUCAAAGAUGGAAUCCCGUACAUGAAUGAGGCACAGGAGAAGAUCCUUAGCCAGCAACUCUUGGGGGGUAGCUGGAAAGUCAGCAGUGCUCUGGACAGGGAUGUGCUGAAGAAGGCUAUUGAUGAAGUGACCUGUUGGAUAGCUGCAGCAGAGGAAGAGGAGACUAUGAUUCUGCAGGAUCUGAGUGGCUAUCAGAUGUUUGAAGUUCAGCUGGUUCUGAGACAGGCUCUCCAAAAUGUUUGGACACAGCCUCUUGGAGACAAGAAGGUAAUGGUGAAAAAAGUGAGUCCACAGCAUCGUCAGCUUCUGGAGAACUCUCCUUAUGACUGCUGCCAGAAGGAACUCAUUCUCCUGUCUGCCCGGGGCUUCACCAAUGUCUUCCAGACACUUGUUGAAGCCAAGAAGCCCCUGGUGGGACACAACAUGCUUAUGGACCUUAUGCAUCUUCAUGACAAGUUCUACAAGCCCCUUCCAGAAAGCUAUGAGGAGUUUAAAAGGAACAUUCACAACCUGUUUCCUGUCCUCAUAGACACCAAGACCGUAACGAAAUCCAUCUGGAAGAAAUGUCUGUUUCCUCGAGUAUCUAAUCUUUUGGAGGUGUAUGCGGUUUUGUGCAGCAGCAACCUAAAUCCCAAAGAUCCAACGUGCCCAGUGAUAGCUCUUGCAAGUGACUGCUCAAGAUAUGCUGAGAAGAAAUGUCCUCACGAGGCAGGCUAUGAUGCAUUUCUCUGUGGUUCAGUUCUUCUGAAGUCAGCUCAUUUGCUACUGUGCAGAUCUACAGAUGAUGCAGUGGAGGCUGAUCCUUCUUUCUCUCAGUAUCUCACCGUGUUAGCCGAGUAUCUGAACAAAGUGAAUUUCAUCCGAGGUGGUGUUUCAAGCAUUAAUUUUUCUGGGGAAGAUGCUCCCUGCCAACAUCCCCCUCUCUUGGUUGUCCAUGUCCGAGGCUGGCCAGGGCUGAAUGAAAGGCAGAUUUACCAAGAGUUUAAAGCUCUCUGUCGCUUUGAUGUCAGACGGCUUUCAAAGAACCAGUUCAUUCUGCUCUCCAAUAAAUUUAAGCACGUCAGGUGUGUUCUGCGAGAUUACAAGCAUCACCCUCAUCUGCGGGUUUCCGUCUAUCGCCACUGGAGGCACUCUCCGUGCGUGAACUGCCUGCUGCAAGUCUCUGGUAUUGUGGCACUGUGGUCUCUCUUGGCCUUUGUACUCGGAGGAGCCCCGUGCUGUUCAUUCUAAAGGACGCCUUACAGAUGAGGGAUGAGGAAUGCACAUCUUUUUUGUUUGUUUGUUUGUCUAUGUUUUGUUUUGUUUCAUCCAAUAAACUAUGAGCAAAAA